GAAAGCGGUUUGAGAUACAGCCCGUUACAGGCAAGUUGCUACGAACUUGACUUGUAGCUACAGGAGUGAUGGGUCAACCGUCAGCCUGAGGUUUGCCUAAUAUUUUCGCACGAAAUGUCGUUUUAUUAAGAGUAUAAUCUGUUUAUAUCUGACAGUUAUGCUAGCUAGCUAGCUAGCUAGCUGUGAAGUAUCGUGCAACACAUACUAUGGUUCCCCUGAAACGCAGGAAAGUAACAUCAGUCCAAGAUGAUAAUCAAGACAGUAAAGUCUGUAAAUUUCCCGAGGUUGCUAUUUUCAUCGUGGAGAGGAAGAUGGGUGCCUCCAGAAAGGCUUUUCUUUCUCGGCUAGCAAGGAGCAAAGGGUUUCGGAUCGAAGAGUCCUACAGCCCUUCCACCACUCAUGUUGUGUCAGAAAGUAACACUGGAGAAGAGGUCCUGGCCUGGCUUAAUAACCACACAGAGGGAAAAGCCUUGACGGGCUCUAUCAAUCUGUUGGACAUCAGUUGGUUGACUGAGAGCAUGGCUGAAGGAAAGCCUUUAGCAAUUCAGGACAGGCAUAGGUUGAAGACCAGCCCAAAGCCCUCUGCAGACCCUCCCGCAACCACAGUGAAGAGUUACGCCUGUCAAAGAAGAACUCCUCUGAAACAUCACAAUACGUUCCUGACAGAUGCUCUGGAGAUUUUAGCAGAAAAUGCAGAGUUCAAUGAAAACGAGGGCAGGAGUGUAGCAUUUCGACGGUCAGCGUCUGUGUUGAAGGCUCUUCCUCAUGUUGUACGUGGAAUGGACGACUUGAAGAACUUACCUUGCUUGGGUGAGCAUUCGGUCAGAGUUAUAAAGGAGAUUUUAGAGGACGGCACAUCAAGUGAAGUGGAGUCAACAAGACAAUCUGAACAAUAUCAGGCCAUGAAGGCUUUAACAGGUGUUUUUGGAGUGGGAGUAAAGAGUGCUGACCGCUGGUUUAGGGAAGGGCUGCGGAGACCAUUAGAUCUGAUACACACUGGGCAAAAGCUGAACCUUGCACAGCAGGCGGGAGUGCAGUAUUAUAAUGACCUGAACAGACCAGUCACUAAAAGGGAGGCUGUGGCCAUCAGUCAUAUAGUGGAGAAGGCAGUGAAUGCUGUGCUGUCUGGAGCCAUCAUUACACUCAUGGGAGGAUUCAGAAGAGGUAAGGAAGUUGGGCACGACGUGGACUUCCUCAUCACUCACCUAGAGGAGGGAGCAGAGGAAGGGCUGAUGCCCAAAGUUCUGAAUUGGCUGGAGGAACAGGGUUUGCUGUUGUAUCAGAAAACAACUAGGAAUUCUUACUUGGAGAGCAAGGACGGACCUGCUCGGCCUCCUCAUAAUUUGGACCGAUUUGAGAGAUGCUUCUCUAUUUUUAAACUUGAAAAAGGUAAAGAAGGAAGUGGAACAUCUUUGAACACUUCCUAUGACUCCGGUACCACAGAAGGUAUCACUGGGACAACAGAGCAGCCAGGGCCUUCCUGGAGAGCAGUUCGAGUGGACCUCGUAGUGAGUCCAUUCAGUCAGUUUGCUUUUGCUACACUCGGUUGGACAGGAUCAAAGCUGUUUGAGAGGGAGCUGAGGCGCUGGGCGGGGCAGGAGAAGGGCAUGUCCUUAAGCAGUCACGCUCUGUAUGACAGCAAACAGCAGCGUUAUCUUCGUGCAAAUUCAGAAGAAGAAAUCUUUGCCCAUUUGGGUCUGGAGUACAUCCCCCCAUCUGAGAGGAACGCCUGAUGCACUGCAGUCCAGCUUAACUUCAGCCUACCUCAACAAGUCCAGCACUCAGCCAGGGUCAAACAGAGUAGUUUUAUCACCAGACAGUAGCUAAUUAAAGUAAGCUUUAAUGAUUGCAUUCAGUCCAGCUGUUUAUGAGUAGUAUUCCCCUGCACAUAUGAGGAAUGUUGAGAAGGCAUUGCCAAUAUUCUUAUAGUUCAUCUAUGAGUUAAUUCCUCAUAGUUUCACAUCAAGUGCAUUACUUCUGUCAUUAAAUAUUUUAAAGUCAGUUUUAUGGACUUUCUUUGCUCUCAUAAUUCCUUGCCACAUGAAAGUAUAAUAUACAGUUGAGUGCUAACGUUUUGGUGACCCUGGUUAAAAGUAAUAAAGUAAAAAUUAUUACUUAUCCUCUACAAGGAACACAGUUCUGUACAUUUACUGUAUAGUUAUAGCUUAUUUGCUGAAUUUAGCAUAUUGGAAAAAAUUAUACAUAAAAUAGAACUUUUACACUAAUAUUUGCCAUAUUUAAUUCCCUGUAGAGGUGUGUUUACUUAUUUCUAUAUGACUGUAAACUUGCUCUAAAUUUAAUUUUAAAGUUGCAUCACACAAUACAGCUGAUUUUUGCUGAUGUGCAAAAAUAUAUAAUUUUAAGGAAGGUUCUCUGUGUGUUUUAAUGUAUAUUAUGCAUCAAAAUAAACCAUCAUGAAACCGUU